GUGCAGUGUACAUAAAUAUAUUAUAAGAAAAUAAAUAUAUAUCUAAAAUAAUUAGAAAACUGAUAUCAUUUAUUUAAUCGUUAUGUUAACAAUGAAUAUCAAACAGGAACAAGAAGAACGUUUAGAUAUUUGUGAAGGUGUUUUUAAAAACAAACCCGAUCUUAUUACUGAACAAAUGUAUAAAGACGAAGAUGAUGACGAUGUUUUUGAUGAAUUUGAGGGCAACACGCCGGGACAAAAUGUUGAAAUUAAAGAAGAAAGUAUGGAAUGUGAAGAGCCUAAAAUUGAACAUCGUUCUGAUUUUCUGCCAAAAAUUAACAGUGAUUCGACGUCCGGAAAAGAAGUGCCAUUUUGUGCUACAACUAUUAAAAAAGAACUCGAAGACACUAGUGAAGUUAAAGCUAUUGAUAUCAGAGAUAUCAAGGAAGAAAUUAGUGAAUAUAUUCAGUCUGAAGUUGAACUUUUGACUACGCAUUGUGAUCUACAGACUAUCAAAAAUGAAAAGACUGAAAGUUUGACAGAGUUGUGUGAUUGGGAAGAAAAUGAAAGGAUAUCAAAUAUGUUAAAAAAUGACGAAAAAAUUACAAAUAUAGAAAAGAGAAGGAAGCAGUAUCACUGUCAAAAAAAUGGCGUUUUACAAAAUGAUGCAACUUCAAAUUAUACAUCUAUUAAAAUCAAUCGACUUUGUAAUGUUCCAUUACCACCCUUAAACAUUCAAGAAAAUUUACACACAGAAUAUAUUGAGAGCCCUUCUCCCAUACCAAUAAACGGAAUAGAAUUUCCGUUAGAGGACUCAUAUGGGUACGAUUCUGAUGAAGAUCCUGUCUGUUCCCCUAGUAGUAGCAGUGAAGAUGAAAAUUUGGUUAAAGAGAGCAAUAAAGAAUCACAAGAGCUUAAGGAUGUAAAAAUUGAAGUUGGUACUACUAUAGAAAACUACGAGAACCACAAUAAGGAAGUAACAUGCAAAGAUCUUAACGAUAUAAAAAUUGAAGAUGGUGGCACUAUAGAAAAUUACGAGAAUUACAAUAAGGAAGGAAGAUGUAAAGAACAGGAGAACAAUCAAUCAACAAAAUGUAUUACAUCUUUGACAAAACGCAAAGAAAAUGAAACAGCUAAAGCAAAAAGGGCGAGAGCUAAAGAUUUUUGUUAUUUUUGUAAGGAUCUGGUUUUAAAUUUCGCCAGACAUAUUAUAAAAUCUCAUUCUUACGAAGAUGCUGUUCAAAAGAUUCUAUCAAAGCCGGUAGGGAGCAAGGAAAGAAAACAUUUGAUAACUAAUCUUCGAAAACAAGGGAAUUAUCUAAAUUCCAAGGUUAACUUUAAACCAAUGAAAAAAUCUAAUGUACCGUACCCACAAGCCGGCUACGUUCCAUGCGAUUUUUGCUUAGGUUUAUAUGCACAAAAGCAUUUGUGGCGUCAUAAGAAAACUUGUGUUGAAAGAGUUCAUAUGAGUACUAAUCAAAUAAACCAAGUAAAAAUCAAACUUAACAUCGAUAGAGAACUACAAGAAAAAGUUUUUCCUACAAUGCGUUGUGAUCAAGUUUCUUUAGUUGCUAAAAAAGAUCCACUUAUCUGUGCUUUUGGUGCAAGAUAUUUAAAAGUUCACCGAGCAUCUAAUUCCAUAAAUGUAACAUCGAGAAAAAUGAGAGAACUAUCAAAACUUUUAAUUGAAGUUAAAAAACUGGAGCCAUCUGUACAAACGUUAUUUCAUGCUCUCAACUCAAAAUUUUAUGAUCAUUUAGUAACAGCUACUAAAAUAAUAGCACGAUUUGAUUCCAAUAAAGAAGUUUUUGAAGUUCCUACUUACGCAACGAACAUAAGCACUUCUCUGAGACAAUGUUGCGAUAUAGCAUUUGUUUUUGCAUUAAAGAAAACAGACAUUUAUGCUGAGGCUGAAUCUGAUUUAAAAACGAUGAUCCAACUUUUAGAAACCAACUGGAGAAAUGAUGUAUCUACAGAAGCAUUAAACAAUUUAAAUAAAAUUACUAUUGUGCCACUGGCAACCGAUUUAAAGUUGUUAAAAGAACAUCUUUGCAAUAAAGCAGAAGAGGCUGCUUGUAGAUUAAAAAAUGAUUUAAAAGAUCGUCAUUCUUAUAAUGUAUUAUUGGAAACCGUUUUCUGUCGAGUAAUUUUACUCAACAGGAAAAAGCCUAGUGAGUUGCAGCGUCUCUUCCUCGACACUUAUGUAAAUUCUGAAAAAGAAAUUGCUGACAACUAUGAAGAAUUUUCAGAUAUGUUGCCGACAGAAACAAUACUGAUGAAAAGUUUUAAAAGAAUAGUUAUUAAAGGGAAAAGAGAUCGCGGUGUUCCAGUUUUAUUCAGCCCAGAUGUAGAGGAUCACAUCAAUAUUCUUUUAAGUGCAAGAGAUAAUUUUAUUGAAAAAACUAACCGAUACUUUUUUGUCAGUGCCAAUAAUUCUACAAAACCUUUUAUGGGAUAUAAAAUUUUAUCAGAAUAUGCUCAUUCUUGUGGAGCUAAGAACCCUAAAGCAAUUAUCUCAACUAGAUUGAGAAAACAUUUGGCAACGCUCUCACAAAUAUUUAAUAUGACAGAAAGUGAUUUAGAACAAUUAGCGACUUUAAUGAGGCAUCCUCCAGAUACAUAUAGAAAAUCUUAUAACGACCUGUAUCAAAUGGCAAAAAUUACAAAAAUUUUGUUAUCGAUGGAGGGAAGAUUUGCAACUGAAUUUAGAGGAAAAUCUCUAGAUGAAAUAGUAGUUGAUAUGGACUCAAAUCUCCUAGACGAUAAUGAAAAUAAUGAUGAAGAAAUUGAUUCGGAUAUUGAUACGCAACCUUCCACAAGCCAACAAGCAGGAACAAAAAAACUAUCUGGUCGAAAAAAUAAAAAAACAAUAAGAGGACGUUGGACAGAAGAACAAAAAAGUAUUACGAAGGAUUUCUUUAAAGAUCAUAUCAAAAGAAAAAAAUCUCCAAAACAAAGAGAAUGUGCGGAAUUGAUAUCUCAAUAUCCCGAUAUUUUGAGUAACAAAAAUUGGCUAAAAAUCAAAGUUUUUGUACAAAAUAUAUACACUAAAAAAUAUAAAUAAAUAUAAAUAUUUUUUUGAUCUGAUAUGUUGUAACGAUUCGAUUUUGUCUAGGCAACAUGGUAUACUGUUAUGUAUUUAUUUAAUGUUGCGGCACUAAGUCAAAUAAAAUGGCGCAGCGCACACAGGUGUAUUUAGUGUGCUUCGACAAUUUUAUAGUAAAUGCAAAGAAUAUACAAUGCGAUUAUUGUGCAAAGUUAAACCAUCAAAUGUGUGCGAAAGUUAACAGGACAAUAAGCGAAAACCAAAACUGAAAAUAGCAAUUUUAAAUGGUUUUGUGAUCAAUGUCUUCAAAAAGUUAACUCGAAACUAAAAAAGCCUGUAGAAAAGCCUGACGAAAAAACGAUACAGUUAAAAAGUACUAAAAUUCUAGAAAAGGAAAUUGAACUAUUUAAAAAACUAUCAAUCGAAAAAGAUCAAAAAUAUAGGGUGUCAUUGAAAUAGUGUAAAAAAAUUCGGGAGGUGAUAGUACUCCUAAAACUAUUAAAAAAAGUUCCUAUAACUAUGGAUCGUUAAAUACAUAUUAAGGGAUUUAGGGGCGUCAAAAGGGC